ACACUCCAUCAGAUGUGUAACAGCGAGGAUGCACAUUCAAUCUACUUCAACGCUUUUGUAAAUAGACUAAACAACCGGAACAUAGGCAACAAUGGAGAACAUGGUAAUAAGACUUUACUGACACUGCCAGACAGCCAACCUGCACUGUGCAGGUGAAACUGGAGCUGGGACACAGAGCCCAGUUAAGGAAGAAAGUCACUACUGAGGGCUUCACACACGACUGGAUGGUGUUUGUUCGAGGCCCAGAGGCGUGUGACAUCCAGCACUUUGUGGAGAGAGUUGUCUUCCACCUUCACGAUAGCUUCCCAAAACCCAAGAGAGUUUGUAAAGAACCCCCGUUUAAAGUGGAAGAGUCAGGCUAUGCUGGUUUUCUCAUGCCUAUAGAGGUCUAUUUCAAAAACAAGGAGGAGCCUAAAAAGGUGUGCUUUAAUUAUGACCUUUUCUUGAACCUGGAGGGCAACCCACCCGUCAACCACCUGCGCUGUGAGAAACUCACAUUUAACAACCCCACACACGAGUUUCGGCGCAAGCUGGUCAAGGCCGGUGGGGCUGUAGUUAUUCCUGAGGGAGCGGAGAUGAUGCCAAGGCCCAGUCCAGAUUAUCCAAUGCUGCCUACUAUUCCACUCUCUGCCUUCUCAGACCCCAAGAAAAUCAAGUCCUCUCACGCUGUAAAGGAGUCGAGUAAAGAUGGAGGAAGUGGGAGCAGCAAAGCCCUCAAAGCCCAUAAGGCAACCAAAGAGCACCGAGAGCGCACACGAAAGGAUUCAGAGAGCAAGGCCACAUCCAGAGAGAGCGACCGAGAGAGUGGCAAGUCCUCACGAGACCAAUCGUCAUCCUCUUUUUCAAAGAAAGCCCCAGAUGGCAGAGCGAAAGAUGAGGGGAAAACUGUGCCCAAAGCAGCCUUCAAAGAGCCCAAACUCACAGUCAGAGAGUCCAAGAUGGAUGGUAUGUCUCCAAAAGGUGGAGGAGCGGUGACGGGCGGAGGGGGACAGCUGGACUCUCGUGCCCCGAGCAAGAGGCCGUCGUCCGCCACCGAGUCUCCAAAGCUGAGUACCAAGAAACAGAAGAGGAUGGGCUCUGAGGGCAUGAAGGGGCCUGUGAGCGUAAGCUACAGCAGCAACUCUCCCCGCAUUACCUCAACAACACCCUCCACGUUCCCCGAGAAGAAAACACCGAAAGAUAAAGGCCACUGGGCAAAGAUGAAACCCGAGGUGCAGGAAGUGAAAAGGCAGCCCGAAUCCGACGAAUCUAACUCUGAGGAUGAAGCUUCUUCCAAAUCGGAGCAGUCGGCUCCAUCCAGCCCUUCUAGUUCCAGCACCAGCUCCAGCUCUGAUUCUGACUUUGAGCCGUCGCAGAAGCAAGGCCAAGGGCCGCUCCGUUCUAUGGUAGAGGAUAUGCGCUCUGAAGGCUCUGAUGAUGACAGCAGCUCUGAGGUUGAGACACCCAUGAAGGCGACUCCACCUAACCAGGACUCUCGUUUAAGCAUGGACAGUGAGAGUGAUGGCAACGAGGAGUCUCGUCCUCCCAGCCAGGAAGCCCCCUCACCUCUACCCAAACUCAGCUCAGCAAACCUCAAGAUGUUAGGAAAAAAGAGCCCAGAUUCUUGCACCCGUGAGAAAGUGCUCAAGAGGGGAUACGACAAGGUAGGAAGGGCUUAUACAGAGGAGCUUGUGGACCUCCAUCGUAGACUGAUGGCUUUGAGAGAGAGGAACAUUUUACAGCAGAUCGUGAACCUAAUAGAAAAGACCGGCCAUUUCAACAUCACCAAUACAACCUUUGACUUUGACCUGUUCUCCUUGGAUGAGUCGACUGUACGUAAACUCCAGAGCUACCUGGAAGCCACAUCCACAUGACACAAGGAAGCUGCUCGGCCGUGAUUUUUGCAUGAGAGAGGCCUCCAAACUGACAGGGGGCAGAGGGAAAGGUAUCGAAAGCAACAUAUAAAUGCACAGGAACAAACAAAAACGAAAUGAGAAAACAACAAAAAAAACAAAAACUUUAUACUGUAAUAGAAAUAAGCAAACAAAAAGGACCAGGGGCGGAAUUCAGGGUUUAUCUAAUAACAGCACUGCGCAUUGCACUAAGAAUCAAACUGUUGGCACAAUACUGUCCAAAACGGACAAGAUCUCGCAUAGGCACCGUGGAUGAGCUACCGUAUCACAAGUAGGUACAUUUAAAGACUGGUUUUGCACCAAAGCUAUAACACUGGUGGAAAGGAUCCUCGGCUCGGGCCUUUAUGCAGGGGCGAUGACUGAAAGACUGUGUCCCUUCUCUCCCCCGUCACUCUUCUGCUCAACGUACGUCACCCACUCAGCACAGCCUGGUGGCGUGGAAAGAGCCCAACUAGAUCAAACCUUAUCAGCAUACUGUAUGUGUCUGCAUAGCUUUGUAGCCCCAACGUGUUGGAUAAAGUACAUACUCUCAAGCUUUGGUGAUAGACGCUCCCUCGGAUCAGCUGAAGGGGAAAAACUAUCUGCCUUUGUAGUGCCUUUUUAAAAUCUCAUGUUUUUAAUUAUAAUUGUUUGUGAGUCUCUCAUCGGUCUUUGGAUGACCAAAAAUGAUCUGUCAACGUUAAAAUGCCUGAAAUUGACAUUCAAAGCCCUUUUAAACAUGGUUUAAUACCUGUCCGGAGAGAACACGUUAUGGGAGAACCGUUCUGCAUGUGUGAUCUGAGAAGGUCUUGCGCAUUAUUCUAUGUUUUCUUGAUGGUCAGCGACACAAAGUCAAUUUGUUACGCAUUUGAAGUUCCUUUCGUAGUUUAUUUAAGUAACUGUGCACUUUUUCUGGUCACUUCAGUGCUUUGUAAUUAUCUGAUAACUAUAUUUAUGAUUAUUUUCUCUUUUUUUUUUUUUUUUUUUUUUACAUAAUAUUGACUU